UAGGUAAGAAGCAAAUUAUACAUGCUCCAUGUGGGUAGAACAAACCAAGUAAACGACAAACAAACACCCCAAAAACAAAAACAAUCUCCCAAAAUAACAAAUUUUGAAUUCCAAAAAAAAAUUAAAAAAAAAAUUAACUUGACAUAAAUUUACAAACACUCUUCUCUUACAUCUCACUUCUUCUUCCUUCCUACUUCAUCUCUUGUUUUUCUUCGUCUUUAGUCCUCUAAAAUCUUACCGACGAAAAUUGCAAAAGAAAGAAAAAAAAUGCGAAUCCUUGUUUUUCUGUUUCUUCUGAAUUUCCACCUUCAUUUCAUCAAUGGCAGAACAUUACCAGAACAAAAAGCUUUACUUGGUAUAAAAUCCGCCAUUACAGAUGACCCACAAUCAUCUCUUUCUUCCUGGAACACUUCUACUCAUCACUGUACUUGGGAUUUCAUCAAAUGUUCAUCUUCAUCUUCAUUAAAUCAUCAUCAAAGUGUAGUUUCACUCAACAUUUCUGGGUUAAAUCUCACUGGAAUUCUCUCACCUGACAUAGGUUUUCUCACCAACUUGCAAAACCUUAGUGUUGCAGGAAACUCAUUUUCUGGACCAAUCCCAUCUUCACUCUCUCUCCUCUCAAAUCUUUACCACCUUAAUCUCUCCAACAACAUCUUCAACUCAACUUUUCCUUCCUCUCUCUCUCCUCUUCAAAACCUACAAAUCCUCGACGUUUACAACAAUAAUCUCACUGGCCCACUUCCUCUUUCCGUCGUCAACAUGUCGGAGCUCCGGCAUCUUCAUCUGGGUGGUAACUACUUUUCCGGCGAGAUUCCGGCGGAGUAUGGACAAUGGAGGAAGAUUGAGUAUCUUGCUGUAUCUGGAAAUGAACUUGAAGGGAAUAUUCCGGCGGAAAUUGGGAAUUUAAGUUCACUUAAAGAGCUUUAUAUUGGGUAUUAUAAUGGAUAUUCCGGUGGGAUUCCGCCGGAGAUUGGGAAUUUGUCGGAGUUAGUUAGAUUUGAUGGUGCAAACUGUGGAUUAUCCGGUGAGAUUCCGGCGGAGUUAGGGAAGUUGAAGAAACUUGAUACUUUGUUUCUUCAAGUGAAUACUUUAUCUGGGUAUCUUCCUUCUGAAUUUGGGUAUUUAAGUAGUUUAAAAUCGAUGGAUUUAUCGAAUAAUUUGUUUUCUGGUGAAAUUCCUGAGAGUUUUUCUUUGCUAAAGAAUUUAACACUUUUGAAUUUGUUUAGGAAUAAGUUACAUGGGGGUAUACCUGAGUUUAUAGGAGAUUUACCUCAGUUAGAAGUUCUUCAACUUUGGGAGAAUAAUUUUACUGGGAGUAUACCUGAGAAAUUAGGGUUUAAUGGAAGAUUACAGCUUUUAGAUCUUUCUUCUAAUAAGUUAACUGGGACUUUACCACCAAGUCUUUGUAGAGGAGAGAGAUUAGAGACUUUGAUUACAUUGGGGAAUUUCUUGCUUGGUCCAAUUCCUGAGAGUUUAGGGAGUUGUAAGUCACUUAGUAGAGUGAGAAUGGGGGAGAAUUUCUUAAAUGGAUCAAUUCCUAAGGGUUUGUUUGGGUUACCUAAACUUACUCAAGUUGAGCUUCAGGAUAAUCUUCUUACUGGGGGAUUUCCUGUUACGGUGGAUUCGAUUGCAGUUAAUCUUGGGCAGAUUUCGCUGUCGAAUAAUCAGCUUACCGGGGAGUUACCUUCGAGUAUUGGUAAUUUUUCAGGGGUUCAGAAGUUGUUGCUUGAUGGGAAUAAGUUUAGUGGGAGUAUCCCACCUGAGAUUGGGAGGUUGCAACAGCUUUCUAAGAUUGAUUUUAGUAGUAACAAGUUUUCGGGCGAAAUUCCUUCGGAGAUUAGCAAGUGUAAGUUGCUGACAUUUGUUGAUCUUAGUAGGAAUCAGUUCUCUGGUGAGAUUCCUAAGGAGAUUACUGGUAUGAGGAUAUUGAAUUACUUGAAUAUAUCAAGGAAUCAUUUAAGUGGGAGUAUUCCUGGCUCUAUUUCUAGUAUGCAGAGUUUAACAUCUGUUGAUUUUUCAUAUAACAAUUUCUCUGGUUUGAUCCCUGAAAGUGGACAGUUUAGUUACUUUAACUAUACUUCGUUUUUGGGUAAUCCUGAUUUGUGUGGACCUUAUUUGGGUCCUUGCAAAAAUGGGGUUGUUGGUUCUCCACAUCCAUCCCAUGCUAAAGGUCUCUCUGCUUCAUUGAAGCUACUCUUGGUGAUUGGCCUUUUGUUGUGUUCCAUCAUAUUUGCAAUAGCUGCUAUUAUCAAAGCUCGGUCGCUUAAGAAAGCGAGUGAGUCUCGGGCUUGGAAGCUAACCGCCUUCCAACGGUUAGACUUCACUGCUGAUGAUGUUUUGGAUUGCUUAAAGGAAGAUAACAUCAUUGGGAAAGGUGGUGCUGGAAUUGUUUACAAGGGAAAUAUGCCGAAUGGUGAUCAAGUAGCUGUUAAGAGGCUUCCUGCAAUGCAUAGAGGUUCAUCCCAUGAUCAUGGAUUUAAUGCUGAGAUUCAGACUUUAGGGAAGAUUAGACAUAGGCACAUUGUUAGAUUAUUGGGAUUCUGCUCAAACCAUGAGACCAAUUUAUUGGUGUAUGAGUACAUGCCUAAUGGAAGCUUAGGGGAGGUGCUACAUGGGAAGAAAGGCGGUCAUUUGCACUGGGAUACGAGGUAUAAAAUCGCGGUAGAGGCAGCCAAGGGGCUUUGCUACCUCCAUCAUGACUGCUCGCCGUUGAUUGUUCAUCGUGAUGUUAAGUCCAACAAUAUCCUUCUGGACACCAGCUUUGAGGCUCAUGUUGCUGAUUUCGGACUUGCCAAGUUCUUGCAAGAUUCGGGCACUUCAGAGUGCAUGUCUGCUAUUGCUGGUUCCUAUGGAUACAUUGCUCCAGAAUAUGCCUACACAUUGAAGGUUGAUGAGAAAAGCGAUGUUUACAGUUUCGGGGUGGUUCUCUUAGAACUCAUAGCUGGCAGGAAGCCGGUUGGAGAAUUUGGGGAUGGAGUUGAUAUUGUUCAAUGGGUGAGAAAAAUGACUGACGGGAACAAGGAAGGAGUCCUUAAGGUCUUGGAUCCUAGACUCCCUUCAGUUCCUCUUCAUGAGGUAAUGCACGUGUUCUAUGUCGCCAUGUUGUGUGUCGAAGAACAGGCAGUGGAACGACCAACUAUGCGAGAGGUGGUUCAAAUACUUUUAGAGAUCCCAAAACCACCAGGAACAACACCUAAGCAAGGGGACUCCUCACCCUUAGAAUCACCUCAACGACCUACCGAUGCCAUAGUAGGCUCUCCGACAAAAUCGCCACCGCCAGAUCUUCUUAGCAUUUAGUGUGUUUUAGAUGGUACUAGAAGAAUCCUCGCUACGUCUCUCCAAGAAAUCAAUGAACUGGGAGUGCACUAGCUUGAUUUUCUGUGUUUUUAGCUUGUUUUUUUGGGAGGGUAAAGAAUGAAAAAGGGUAGGGGGAGGGGUGUUAGCCUGUUAGCCUGUUAGGAAGAUUGGUUUGUGCUAACUUUAAGGUCUUAAAUGUGUUUGCUUUAAGAUUUUUCUGGGUUGUACAGUUUUUGCAUUGGUGAGUUUAGCCACUAAAGGGCAUUAAGGUUAAGUUUUUACAACUUUUAUUUUCACUGAUUUAAGUGUUCUGUUUUUUACUGUAGUUUUUGUGCCA